AGGGAAAGCUAGCAUGGCAAAUGUAAUAAACCAUCCUUCAAGGUUUCUCCAUUUAGCCAUCUCCCUAAUUAUUCUCAUAAUCUUCCUAAUACCCUUAAUCACCUUUCUUAAUAACAACAACUCAUUGAUCUUCACCAUGAUUACUAAGCCCUACUUUUCUUAUUACUUAACCUCCUUUAAUAAUCAAAGCCACCAAUCCCAUUAUCCUUGGAGAUUUUCUUGGAGGAAUACCUUUAUCAAUAGCUUAGAAUUUGAAGGAAAUGUUAAUUAUCCAUCAUCAUCUAAUUAUUCCAAUGAUGUUUCUAGAGCAAUUUCACCAGAUUUUACAAAGUGUGGCCCAGUUGAUUUACCUCCCAAUGCAAUAACAUCACCCUAUUGUUGUCCAACUUUGGCAACUCCCUUUAAAUUCAUAGAUUUCAAAGAUUAUAUUAUCAAUGCCACUUACAAGUACAAAAAUAAUAGUUCAAUUAGGGUUAGAAGGGCAGCACAUUUGGUAGAUGAUGAGUUCAUAGCCAAGUUAGAAAAAGGUAUUGCCAUCAUGAAAUCACUUCCUAAUGAUGACCCACGUAAUUUCAUACAACAAGCUAAAGUCCAUUGUGCUUAUUGCAAUGGUGGAUAUCCUCAAAAACACCCCUUCCAAGAUCAAAAGAUUGAUGUGCAUAGGUCAUGGCUUUUCUUCCCUUUCCAUAGGUUUUACAUUUAUUUCUUUGAGAGAAUCUUGGGAACCCUAAUUGGGGAUCCAAGUUUUGCUUUACCUUAUUGGAAUUGGGAUUCCAUUCAAGGUAUGCAAAUUCCAUCAUAUUUCACCACUCCAAAUUCUUCACUUUACCAUAAACUUAGACACUACAAGCACAUGCCACCCCACUUGGUUGAUCUUAACUAUGAUAUUCUCUCUCCCAAAAUUAGAACACAAGAUCAACAAAUUUCCUACAACCUUGCCUUCAUGUACAAGCAAAUGGUUUUAGCCAACACCAAAGAGUUAUUCAUGGGAAGCCCUUAUCGUCUCGGAGAUCCAGCUCAACCGGGUCCUGGCUCGGUUGAGCUUGCUCCUCAUAACACUAUCCAUGAUUGGUUGGGUGCGGUCGAUACUCCCAACCAUGAAGACAUGGGAACUUUCUACACGGCCGCGAGAGAUCCUAUUUUCUAUGCUCAUCACUCCAACGUGGAUAGAUUGUGGGAGUUAUGGACAAAAUUGGAAGGUGGUAGAAGAGACUAUAGGGAUGAUCCUAAUUGGUUAGAUUCCAAAUUUUUCUUCUAUGAUGAGAAUCUUAAUCUUGUUCGAGUUAAGGUAAGAGAUUGUCUUGAUACUAAACUUUUGGGUUAUGUUUAUGAAGAAGUUGAUCUUCCUUGGCUAAAUGUUAAUCCUAAACCAAGAAGAACAAAGAUGCAAAGGGAAGCAAAAAAAUCUUCAAUUUUGGCCUCAAAGCCAAUUACCAAAUUUCCUUUUGUUUUGGAUUCUAAGGUAAGCAUUAUUGUAAAGAGACCAAGGAAGUUGAGGAGCAAGGAAGAGAAAGAACAAGAGGAAGAGGUUUUAGUGAUAGAAGUGACUGAAUUACAAAGCUAUGAAAAUGUUAAAUUUGAUGUUCAUAUUGAUGAUGAUGAAGACAUGCUUAGUGAUGAAAACCAUGCAGAGUUUGUGGGUACUUUCGUGAGUUUGCCCCAUGGAAAUCAUGGACAUAAAUCAAAUACUCGCUUUAUGGUUGGGAUAUCUAAGGUAUUGGAGAAUCUAGAAGCUGAAGAAGAUGAUCAUAUUGUUGUUACUUUGGUACCUAUGAUUGGGAAAGGAGAUGUCACCAUAGGAAGGAUUAAUAUUCAGUUCAUGUCAAAAUAGUAAAUAAGAUCCCUUUCGAAAUGUAAGAGAAAAGUAAUUAAUUAUAGUGUUUAUAAAGACUAUGAAGUUAAUUUUAGGAAUUAAAAAAAAAUUUGUGUAAAAAGAGGUCACUAUAGUAUAGAAUUCAGUGCAAUAUAAUGGGCACGUGCUAUUCGAUAUGGAGUAUGGACAAGUAGU